AUGUCGCCGCUCCUAAAGGAAUACUAUCAAUCUCUGGGUCUGCCUAUCCUGGCCGCCGCGAAGACGGUAGUAGAGAGCUUCAAUGCUCCUCUUGAAUUCCAGCCGGGGACUUCAUGGAACUACGGUACGGGCAUCGACUGGGCUGGUCUGCUGAUUGCCCGGAUUUCCAGGCUAGAUCUAGAAAUCUAUUUCCAACAGCAUAUCUUCGAACCGCUUGGGAUCUCUGACGCCACCUUUUGGCCGGAUCGACAUCCAGAGGUCAAGGCACGGCUUGCUGGCAUGUCAAUUCGAGACCCGUCCGUCGCUGAUGGGUGUGGAAAAGCGAUUGCAUUCGAGGGACCGAACAGACACGCCGUUGCUCAGGAAGAGAUGGGUGGCCAAGGACUCUAUACUUCUGCGCCUUCGUAUCUAAAGAUCCUGCAGAGUUUGCUGGAUGAUGACGAGGUCCUCUUGAAGAAUUCGACCAGUGCUUUGAUGUUCGAGCCACAGCUGAGCGCAGAAAGCCAGGAAGCACUCCAAGCCGUUUACAGAUCAGAGCCUAAAGGAGGACCAUGCGCCAUUGGAACGUUUCCUCCCAACGUCCGCUAUGAUUGGGGUCUGGGAGGCGUAUUGACUAUGCAAGACGUCAAUGAGAAGGAGGUGUCUUGGAGGAAGAAGGGUUAUCUCAAUUGGAGUGGUGUGCCAAAUUUCUUCUGGUUCAUGGACAGGAAGGCCGGCGUAUGCGGCGUCUUCGGUGCGCAGUUGAUGCCUGGAGGAGAUGUUCGGUGCAGGAAAUUAGUUACAGCAUUUGAGAAAGCAGUCUUUGAGGAAAGUACUUUUGAAAAGAGUGGUCAUUUGUGA